CUCAUUGAGCUCACACGGCCUGUGGAUGCCCACCUGGAGCACGUGGAGUUUCAGGCUCUGCUCCAGCGGCUCAGCCCCCACCUCAUCCUGCACAUCUUUGCCUCUGCCGUGUUGGAGCGACGGCUCAUUUUCCUCGCAGAGGAGCUGAGUGUCCUGUCACAGUGCAUCCACGCAGUGGCUGCUCUCCUCUACCCCUUCACCUGGGCUCACACCUACAUCCCUGUGGUCCCCGAGUGCCUGCUCGACACCGUCUGCUGCCCCACGCCCUUCAUGGUUGGCAUCCAGAUGCGGCACCUGGAGCGGGUCCUGGACCAGCCGAUGGAGGAGGCUCUGAUGGUUGACCUCUGCGAAGGGAAGAUCCUUCGGGCGGUCGGUGAUGAGGAGGAGAUCUUGCCCAUUAAGCUGCAGAAUGAGGUGCUGACAUCUCUGAACAGGCACAACAACAACAACAACGUACACACCUCUGAGCAGGUGAACGUGCUGGUCUCUGAAGCCUUCGUGCAGUUCUUUGUCCGAAUGGUUGGUCACUACGCCUCACACAUCAAGUGGAGUAAAAAUGGCUCAGGCACCUUCCAGGAACGAGCCUUCUGCAAAGCCAUCACCUCCAAAACCAACCGCAAGUUUCUGAAGAAGUUUGUGAAGACCAACAUGUUUUCCUUAUUUAUUGAGGAAGCGGAGAAGAGCAGGAUCCCACAAGAAGCAUAUUUCCAGCGGAAAAUAACAGAGUACCACGAACAGAAAAAACACCGAAGGGGCUCCUGA